AUGUCACGUUAUGAUAUUGUAUUGUACGGCGCAAGCGGAUUCACUGGAGGAUAUGUACUCAAAUUGCUGGUGCAAGAACAAGAACAGCAAAAUAUCACUUUUGCAAUCGCAGGUCGAAGUGAUUUAAGACUGAAGAAGUUACUUGAAAGUACUGGUCAAGAAAUGGGCAAGAAUCUGCAAAAUAUUCCCAUAAUAAUUGCUAAUAGCUAUGACGAAUCAACGUUAGCAUUAAUGGCACAACAGGCAAAAGUCAUCAUUAACGUAGUUGGCCCCUAUCGUCUUUAUGGUGAAGCAGUUGUUAAAGCUGCUGUGGAAAAUGGUGCCAAUUAUGUGGAUAUUUCGGGAGAACCUGCGUUUUUGGAAUCAAUGCAAAUGAAAUAUAGCGAAGUGGCUGAGAAAAAAGGACUGUAUGUGGUUGGCGCAUGUGGAUGGGAUAGCAUCCCUUGUGAUCUGGGCAUCAAUUUUUUGAAGAACAAAUUUGAUGGACAACUUAAUGAUGUUGAAACGUUUGUACAACUUAAUACUGGAUCUGCGGGUUAUUCAUUCAAUGCAGGUACUUAUCGUACUUUGGUUCUGGGCAUAGCCAAUAUGCAUACUGAUGGUUUGGGUAAAAUACGGCGCAGUAUAAUGCCAGAGCGAUUACCAAAAAGUUCUUUUCGAGCACCAAAAAGGGGCACUUUCUGGUUCAACGAUAAAAUUGAUGGUUGGUGUCUUCCAUUUUAUGGAUCUGAUAAAAGUGUUGUAACUCGUUCUCAAUAUUUCGAUUUCAAACUUCAUAACAUAUUACCAGUCCAAGUAGAAACAUUUAUCCGCGUGAAAUCAUCAUUGUGGGCUUUUCUUCUAUCGUUAUGGCUUGUAGUUUUCACAGCUGCUGCCAAAAUUGCAUUUAUGAGAGAUUUUUUACUGUCAUAUCCAGGACUAUGCAGUUUUGGUAUGUUCAAAGAAUCGGGACCUACUUCUGAACAGGUACGGCAAGCUUCAUUUAUUUACUGGUUUUUUGGUAGAGGCUGGGCCGAAAAGCACGACUCUCUGGAUGAAUUCAAAACAAAACCUGACAAACAGAUAACAGCUCGAUGUGUGGGUCCAGAUGCUGGAUACAUAGCAACUUCAGGUUGUGUUCUUGCUGCUGCAUUGUCAUUGAUUAGUGAUGGUGAUAAGCUUCCGAAAGGAGGAGUAUACACACCAGCUGCUGCAUUUAGAGACACGGGCAUUUACGGUCGUCUUGAAAAGUAUGGUAUUCGUUUUGAAGUUGUCGACAAAUUUCAAUGA